AUCAGUGAUCCCGCCCAUUUUACCGCUACAGUAAAGGGCCUGGUCAUUGACAAAUGGGCCUGCCAGGUGGUGAGGCUGGAAAAUGAGGCGAACGCUGGCUGCUUUUAUUUUGUUUAGGGUUCUAUGACUUCUAUCCAUACCUUUUUUUCAUCCUCUCAAAUAUCCGCUGCUUCAACAGCCGUGGCCGCUGCUCUCCUCUUCGAAUUGAGAGCGCAGAUGGGAAAAGCUAAUAGCGGGUCUCCUUUCUAUUUCCGCUCAAUCCGUAAAAAAGGAACACAGGAACAGAGCUCUCCUUCUUCUUGCCGGAAACCACAUAUGGGGCUAGGUUUUGAACGUUGCACCUCUCCAACGAUCAGAUCUUGCUAGGAUGAAGCCAAGGAAAGGCCAAGUAUGUACGCAUCUUCAAUUAGAAUUUCAGUUUGAUUUUCCAUCCAAAAGAAUGGCAAAGCAGGUAGGGUUUCGACCUAGAUUAUUUUUGGCAGCCAUGGACGACAGACCUUCGAACGGAAAGUUCUUUUGUUGCUGCAACUUUUUUUUCUUGAAUUCAAUUUUUUGAUUUGCUCUACUUUAGAGAAAGCACACCCCCGUAAAGGUUUCACCAAAUGUUAUUUUCUUCUUUUUUUAAUACUUAGAGCUAAUGAAGAUGACAUAUAAACUUGCUGUCAUUGAACAUAUCCUUUAUUGAUUCAGAUUUCCUAGCUUCCAUCCAUAAAGGUGGCUUUAUUUGAGAUUUUAUCCUAUCAAAGGGGUCUUGACCAUAACCCCAUCAAUGCAAAUGCUCUGUAAGUUCUUUGACCUUUUAGUUUUAUGUUUAUAUGUGUGAGGGAUUCCUUUAAAUUUAUUGAACAUUUAAAUAAGUUGCAUUGUAGCACAUCGUUUUUGGAGAGCAUAAUUAUAUGGUUGUUAGGUUAUAAUAAUUAGAUGGGCGGGAUAGAUUAUUGAUACCUUUACAAAUAUUGAUUUUGUUUUUGUCAUUAACCUGUAGAAAUGAAGAUUUACUUUUUUUAAUUUUAAGUUCUGGUGUGAUUCAUUAACCUGAAUUUACUUUUUUUUUAAAAAUCAUGUUUUUUUGGCAACUUUAUUACUCAUUAUGUCUUAAACUUUUUGGCAGCCAUGCUGGAGUCACCAUUUAUCUUCUUUUUGGAUGAUUAAGAGCAAUCUUGGGUGACUUUCAUAUAUCUUCUUUUAUUUAGAAAAACAACCUAAUGUUCUUCUCAAUAAACUCUUUAUAGCCCAAACUGUUUGUAAGACUAUAAUUUUUAAUGUUUGGAGAGCUCUUCCAAUAGAAACAUGAACUGCAUAUAAUUAUAAUGCUAAAAGAGGAGUGCCUACAUAGAAACCUACUCAUUUUAAAGGAGAGGUAUUAUAUUGCAUUCAACCAAUUAUUGGUGUUAACAGGAUUAUGGAAAAGUAAUAUAGGGAUGUGGCUGAGUUUGCUAAACAUUGUAAGAAUGAAUACACAAAAUUCAUUGCAGUUUUGAUUUCUACCGCUUCUAGAGUUGUUAAUGAU